CCCGACGUCACGUGUUCACCUCGUGUGAGUAAUUUUGCGGGAACCCACUGCAAAUUUUUUUAGUUGAUUGAGUUUUCUUUUAUUUUUUCCAACAGCACAAAGUUAAUUCAUUAUGGAAGACACAGAGGUAUCAACAAGAUUUGGUGGGUUUGGUCGUGGAGUGUUAAGCUCUUCAAAACAAACUGAAAUAUCCCCUGGAAAAGUGGGAAUGUCUUCUGGAUUUGGCAAACCAAGUGGAGACUUUGGAAGUAGCAACGGCUUCGGAUCGAACGAUGACCAGCCAAAGAGUGGUGGAUUUGGCAGCAGGGGAGGUUUUGGUGGUGGAGGAGGGGGCAGAGGGGGAUUUGGUUCAUCUGGGGACAACACUGGAGUGGAUAGACCUCAGCGUGGGGGGUUUGGUGGGGGAGGGGGCAGAGGGGGGUUUGGUUCCUCUGGGGACAACACAGGAGGGGAUGGCCCUUCUCAGAGUGGUGGGUUUGGUGGGAGAGGGGGUUUUGGUGGCGGUGGAUCAUCAGGAGAAAGUAAUGGUUUUGGUGGUGGAAAGCGUGGGGGGUUUGGUGGUGGGAGAGGGGGCUUUAGUUCAAGAGGUGAUAAUAAUGGUGAUGAUAGUACUGAACAAGGAGGGUUUGGCAGUGGUGGAUUUGGUUCCUCAGGCGACGGUGACAGACCCAAGCGUGGGGGGUUUGGUGGUGGUGGAGGGAGGGGAGGAUUUGGUGGAUCCAGAGGCGGAUUUGGAGGCGGUGGUGGCACUGAUGGAGAAAGACCCCCAAGGGGUGGAGGGUUUGGAAGUUCAAACGGAGAAAAAAAAUCUGGUAAGGUCAAUUAA